AAAGAAAUGACAUUCAAGCAAAAGUUAAAGAAACUCUUCUUACCCAUCUCAAUGUGUUCAAUUCUUUUAAUCAUCAUCAUCUCAGUCUCUGCCAUCGAAGGUUUAAACUUGACUCAUCAUCAUUCAAAUCAAAUUCCAAUCUCAGCACCCACUUCUACUAACAAUCACAAUAACAAUCAUCUUUCAACUUUCAAUCCACUCUUACCUCCUGCAAUCCCUUUAGCCGUUCGAUCACCUUAUCUCUCAGCUUGGUUAGCAACUGGUGCUGAAGGUGGCAAUGGAGGUUAUCUUACCGGUCGAUGGGCUCAAUUCUGGCCGAUCCAAUUCCCUCAAAACCCAAAUGCUUAUAGGUUAGGAUGGACAGGUUUGAUCCGAAUCAAUGGGACCACCUAUCAAUUCUUAGGAAACCCAAACGAAUCAAUCAACCCAACCGAUCAAUUCAAAACGGCCACCCAACUCUCAUUUAAUUAUACAUCUACACGUUCGAUGUUUGAAUUCCAAGCAGGAGAUCUAACCUUUUUGGUAGACUUCUUGAGUCCUCCUGGUCCUCCUGGUGAUCUUUUACGUCAAAGUUUACCUUUUACUUAUCUUUCGAUUCAACUUACUUCUUCAACAACUUCGGAUUCUUCGAUUGAGGUUUAUACUGAUAUUCAAGCGGAUUGGGCUUCUGGUGAUCAUCAGGCUAAUGUGACUUGGUCUUUAAACCAAUCUAAAUCUUUGAGUUCUUUUCAUGUUUCGAGAUUGAAUCCUUUAGUGUUUAGUGAAGAAUAUGAGUAUGCUGAAUGGGGUGAAGCAAUCUAUUCGACUGCUUCUACUUCCGAUCUCACUACCGCUUCUGGUUUCGGUCCUACACUUCGAACACAUUUUUCAAAGAAUGGAAACCUAGACUCAACUCAAGACAAAGAGUUUCGUAAGAUUGAAGAUCGAACACCUUCUUUUGGAUUUGCAACCAAGCUACUAGCAGGAAACUCUCCAUUAGUCUUUACGAUCGGACACGUUCGAGAUCCUUAUGUAUCAUACAUUCUCGAUCCUAAACCUAGAUCAGCUUACUGGACAAGUAUAUUUAAACAAACCGAUGAAUUACUCGAAUUUGUGUAUCAUGAUUUCGAAAAGGCUUUUAAAGAUUCAGUUAGUUUAGAUACCAAAGUUUAUAAUGAUGCGAUCAAAACUUCGGGUGAGAAUUAUGCGGCGAUCGUGUCGCUUAGUUUUCGUCAAGGUCUUGGGGCUAUUGAGAUUACACUUGGAAGAAAUAAUCUCACGGGUGAAGUCGAUCAGAAGGAUGUGAAAAUCUUUUCAAAGGAGAUUUCUAGUAAUGGGGAUAUGAGUACUGUUGAUGUUAUCUUUCCUCAAUUUCCUAUCUUGACCUAUUACGAUCCUGUAUUAUUAAAAUACUUGCUCGAACCUCUCUUUGAGUAUAGCGAGAGUGGUUUGUACCCAAACAAAUGGACUGUUCACGAUCUUGGAAGGUACCCGAAUGCUACUGCUCAUAAUGAUGGUAAUGAUGAAGCGAUGCCAGUUGAAGAAGCCGGAAACUUCCUCAUCAUGACCUUAGCAUAUCAUCAAUUAACAAAAGACACAGAAUGGCUUCAAAAACAUCACAAGAUCUUAAGCCAAUGGACCUCCUUCUUAAUCAGUGACGGAUUAAUUCCAGCCAGUCAACUUUCAACAGACGAUUUUGCAGGCAAGUUGGCUAAUCAAACUGAUUUGGCUUUAAAAGCUAUCAUUGGAAUCGGUGCUAUGUCUGAAAUAUCGGUUCAGAUUGGGGAUGGCCAAGAAGGAAAUCGGUUGAGGGAAAUCGCAGAGGAUUAUGUGGGGAAAUGGAUUGAUUUUUCGGUGGCUAGGGAUAGGAGUCAUACUAAACUUGCGUAUCAGGAUGAGAAUUCUUGGGGUACUCUUUAUAAUUUGUUUGCAGAUCGGUUGUUGAACUUGAGACUCGUACCUCAAACUAUUUAUGAAAUGCAGUCUAGUUUUUACCCUUUAGUAGCAAACGAAUAUGGUGUACCACUCGAUUCUAGACACACAUGGGCUAAGACUGAUUGGGAAAUGUUUGCGGCUGGAGCUGCUACGAGUGUUAAAGAUCGAGAUUUGUUUGUGGAUUGUUUGGUUAAGUAUUUAAAGGCUAAUAUUGUGAAUGCAGGAUUUCCUGAUUUGUAUGAAACUCAAACUGCUCAAUUUCCUGGAAGAUCGAAUACUUCUACUUGGAGAAUCGAAUUUAUUAAUAGACCAGUAGUAGGGGGUCAUUUUUCACUUUUAGCAUUAGAUAAAGCCAAAGAGAUCAAUGGAUUAAAAGAACAUGAAUUCUUUCCUAAAAAAAAUUCGCAUUGGAGGUAUGUUGGUUUAUGGGAAAGGAUUUGUUUUUUAUGGAACUUUUGAAGCAUUAUGUGGAGAGGUUUGUAAAGAUUUAGUUUUUGUGGUCUUCUUUGGGAUUUAGGAAUUGUUUUUUUUUGUAUUUGGAAGUCGAAUGUACAAUUUUUUAGUUAUGAUCUUUGAUUGGAUUGGAUUGGAUUGGAUUAGAGAAGAUUGGAUUAGAGAAGGAGAAGAUUGAAUAGGUUUGAAGUUUUAGCAUGCAAAGAAAUUGGAAUCGUUAUUUUGAAAU